CGAGGUUGUUUACAAGAGGCGAUGGAGGCGGGCGGCGGAGCGGGGCCUCGGGGGAGCGGCGGCGGCGGCGGCCGGGGCCUCCCGGGACUCGGGCGGGUGGCCCUCCUCCUGCACCUGCUGACGGUGGUGGGGGCGGCCCCGCGGCCAGAAUGCAUAACUUCCAAUGGAACCGAUUUAACAGGAGAGCAGCGUAUUACGUCUGGAGUAAAUUGUGCAAACUUGAUGCAAAGUGAGCAGGAUUACAACCUGACUUUAUCUCAAAACAUCACAGGUGCUUCUCUGAGCGAAGACGUCAAUCACACGACAGGAGAGGCAGAAACGGUGAAGCCGGGGGUGAGUGCAGCUCAGGUCAAUGACCAGGUGAAGUUGCCGUCUGCCAGUGAGCCUGACAUCCAGCAGCCAGUCGGUGGAAUCAGCCACCCAGUGAGGCAGUCUGCUGAGCCAAAGCGGGACCUUGGAGUUCCAGGUCAGGUGUUGGCGAUCAUAAUGAUUGCCAUAAUCAUAGUCCUGGGCUGUGGCAUCACACUGGGCUACAUCUACAAACGAGGUCGAGAUUUAAAGAAGCAACGGGAGCAGCAAGCGUGUGAACAAGAAAUCCAGCGCAUCAUGUUGCCGCUGUCGGCCUUCUCCAACCCCAGCUGUGAGCUGGACGAUGAGAUCACCCUGGUGAUGGUGACCCCUCAGACGCACGCUGGGGGAAGCAGUGAGGGCGACUGCCCACUCGCAGCAGCAGCUGGCACUCCUGGGGCUUGAGCUCGAAGCAGACGGACUAAAAGGAUCACUGGCCGUGGACUUACGCUGAGAGCGCGGCCUGCGGAUGGAGUUGUGUUUGUGAGCCACACUCGGACGUUGUAACACCCCUCCGGACAGAUAACUCUCCCUGACAACUGCCAGGGAGUAGCCCGACGCCGUGGAAUUUGCUUUUCCAGGCAGGAUCAGGCCAUUUCUGGGUGUUGGUAACCGGUGCAUGAACAGCAUUUAGUACAGUAUCCAACAGCAAAUCAUGUGAUGGUUUCAUUUUAUAUAUAUAUAUCAGUAGGCUGUAUUUUAAGCAUGAUCUGGGUUUGGAUGUGUGAAAGGUAAACAGCCUAUUGCUAGUGUUUUAAACUUUAAUAUAAACCCUUCUGAGGAGUGGGGAUUGGAGUCAUUGUGUGUCAGAAGUGGAGGGGGCAGCAUAACCAGGUUGGCAGGGGGUUCUGUUCGGUAGGAACAGGGUUGACCCGCUCCUUUCCCUGCCCUUGCCCUUCAUCCCUGCACUGCCCAGGAAUCUGUUGAUAAACUCGAAGCAUCCUUUGAAUUUCACUGUGCAGUUCUGUUGCUCUGACUCCUCGGUCCUGGACACUGCAGAAGGUGAAUCCACCUCAGCCACGCUCUGUAACGGCUUCCUGAGUUUCAGUGUGGUCACUCCAGUGAAGAUCUCCUCUUGCGAUAGACCCCUCCACAUCCUGGGAAUCAGUCGAGUGUUUCACUGCUUCCAACACAAGAAUAUUCUUCCUUGGGUAAGGAGCACAGUACACCGGGUGUGGCCUCACUGAAAGCUGUGACUACACUUUGCUCCCCCUGAGCAAAGACUAGCAGUCUUGCCUUCCCUGUUUACUUGCUGUUAACUAUCACUGAUUUGUACACAGCGGUUUGCCUGACUCAAUAUCUAUUAGUUUUUUAAAAUGUGUUUUGUUAUUUCAUUUCUCACACCCCAAUCACAGGCAGCCCCUCCCCGCCCAAUCACUCAACCACACCACCUCCCGCCAUCAACAUGGUAAUUCCAGUUCCCCGUCACCCAAUCCCCCUCUCCCCGUGGGACUCCCACUCAUCACUACCAUAAGCAGCUCCCCCUCCGCAUCCUUCAUUGAAUUAAGGGUGCAGCAAGGCUGCAGCAAGCUACCUCAGAAGAGCUGAGGAAAACUGUCUGAUAAGACUAUAUCUCAGGACCGCGUACACUAAACAAUGGGCCCAUCCCAGAAACACGGCCAGUGGAUCAGAUCGAAACUCUCCAAAUCCGCUGCACCUCACACCGAAUGGUGGAGGACACUCAAACAGCCAACUCGUUGGAGGUGGCAGCAUGAACUUCCCUGUUGAUGACAGAUCCCAGCACUCUGACCGCAAGGCAGUCACAGCACUGCCGGCCUGGAGGGCUGAGUACGUGAUCCCUCGCCAGUUCACUCCACCAGGAAUGUCUCUGAGCACAGGCUACACCGACCUCCUUUGGUGCUGAGGACUCGUGCCCCAGAACGAGCAUCCGUUAUCUCACUACAGGGGCAAAACUGGGGUAUCACGUGCAAGCUGGAGGUUUACUAAGGCACGGGAGACUGCAGAUGCUGGAAUCUGGAGCAAAGUAAAGCAAACUACUGGAGGAACUCAGCGGGUAGGCAGCAUCUGUGGAGGGAAGUGGACAGUUGAAUGAAUCGAGGCCUUUCAACUGGAUCAGAUGCUGCUCAACCCGCUGAGUUCCUCCAGCGUUUUGGUUUUUUUUGUUCCAUAUUCCAGCAUCUGCAGCCUCCCAUAUCUCCACUUCACUGCCCUGGGCCCAACUACCUGCAGCUGCUCCCUCAGCAUUCUCCCUCCCUCCACACUGCUCUGACCUCACUUGUGUUUCAUGUCCAUUCUCCUCUUGUUCAGUACUAUGUAUCUGAUGCAAACCUAUCACUAGUCUCUGUGCCCUGACCUUCACACUGCACAUUUUAAACGUGCACUGUUGCAGUUAGUGUUGUUUGUGAUUUAAAUGACCAUCAUGUGUUGCUUCUCAAAUUUAUACCAUGUUAAUAGUUAAUACAGGUUGUAGAUUGUUUCAUCAACUAAUACUGUUCCACAACUAAAACUGUUCUAACUAAAACUAUUCCAUAACUAAAACACUAUGCCAUUAGAAACACUUUUAACUAAGCUUUAAUAGGGAAAAAGUUUCAUUGUUUGUUACCUCAUCCAGUACUGUGGAGAUCAAAGGAGCAGGGACGAGAACACUCCCCAUCCAAGCCCACCUGCACACCCUAACUGGAGAAAGUGACCCCCCCCCCCCCCACUCACCUUUCCCACGACAGAAGUGGCUGUUAAAUGGGGGAGGGGGUGGGAGUUGUGCACCACAAGUGGAGAGGGCAGCAUAACCAGGUGGGAAGGGGAGACGGGUUCCAUUCACUGGGAUCGGGGUUGAUCAGCUUCUUUUCCUGCCCUUGCCCUUAAUGCCCGCAUUGAUCUGAAAGCAUCCUCUGACAAAUUUCACAGUUCCCGUCACUGUCUGGUGGAGGAGUUCUGUCGCUCUGCUUUCAUGGUUCUGGACACUGCAGUGGGGGGGGGCGGAGAACCACCACAACAUCCACCCAGCCACGCUCCCCAACAACUCCCUGAAUUUCAGUGAAUCUCAACCCUGCUGCCCUAACUCCCCUCCACAUCCUGGGAAGAAAGGAUAGUCACAGCCUGCUCAUCACCGGGGGGCUUCCCUCUCUUGCCCGUCAUCUGCUGUGCCCCCAAUACAGUCUGCCUCCCUGCUAUCAACACACGCUCCUCCCCACCAACCCAGUUAUAAUCAGUGUCAACCAGCCCUUGAGAGAUGGUGUCUGAACCCCAGGUGCUGACCGACAACCAGUAAAUGUGCUGGAAAAUCGAUUUCAGAAGUUAUCGGUGGGCUUUGCGGUUUGGCAUUGUCUUAAUUAUCGGAGCUGUUAAGGAUUCAAGAAUGUUCUUAAUUUGUCCAGGAAUAUUUCAUGGAAUAUUCUGCCAAUUUUUUUAUUACAGUGUAAUGAAAGUUCUGUUUUUAAAGAA